GAAACUGAAACUCUUCAGAAUGAACAUAUAGCAGGAGAGACCGAGAGACAGAUCAUUGAGAGGAUCGCGAGGAGAGAGAGACAAGAUGCCCAACACAUCAGACAAGAGCAUGCAGGUUUGCUACUGCGGAUGGUCCAAAGUCACCACCUACCAGGGUCUGAGGACUCACCAGGGGAAGAUGGGAUGCACACCGAUGGGAAUGAGUAUCCCUGAGAGUGACCAAUUCAGAUUAACAAGAUACACGUUUGCUAACAUUGGACCGUCAAUCCAAAUAGAAGAACCUCUGAAAGAUAUCUUCGGCCCUUAUCUAGAGAUCGAUCAUCAACAGUUCACCUGGAGAAAUGCCGCCUUGGAAGAAUCCCGUCACAACGACAGCGGACCAAAUAACAGGGUUACUCCAGUCUGGGAGAUACCCCAAACAUCAGAUGAGAACCUCCUGGUUACGACCUACCAGGGUCUGAGGACUCAACAGGGGAUGAUGGGAUGCACACAGAGGGGAUAUAGUAUCCCUCAGAGUGACCAGUUAAGAUUAACAAGUUCCCUUCAUACAUUCGCUAACGUUGGACCUUCAACCUUCGAGCCUCUGAAGUUUGAGAGUAAACAGAUUACUUGGGGAAGUCCCCUGGAAGAAUCUCCUCAACAGGAUGGCGGACCAAGUAACUCCAUUGCUUCAGCAAGGGGAAAGAAUGUACCUGUUGCUUCAAACUUCACCACCCAGACGGCCCCUCCAGCUGCAGAAGCCACACUGAACGACACAAAUCAAUUAUUUGUUACAGCUCAACAGAACUCUCAGCAGACGGCCACAAACUCUGACAAAACUCAUCAAGGGCGCUAUUUCUCCAUUGGUGCACAGCCUUCACUGUACCCCAUGUCACAGAUGUUUGGUACCCCAACCACUCCUGCAGCAGCAGAAGUCCCAGUUAUGAAAACUCAGCAAAGCUCUCUUCAAAACACCACAAACUCUGACAAAACUCAUCAAGCAUUCAAUCUCUCCAUUGGUGCACAGCCUUCACUGUACACCAUGUCACAGAUGUUUGGUACCCCAACCACUCCUGCAGCUGCAGGAAUCACAGUCAAUGACACAAACAAAUCAUUUGUUACAACUCAGCAGAACUUCCAGCAAACAGCCACAAACUCUGACAUAACUCGUCCAGCUUUCAAUUUCUCCAGUGGUGCACAGCCUUCAGUGCCCCCAAUGCCACAGAUGUUUGGAACCCCAACCACUCCUGCAGCUGCAGGAAUCACAGUCAAUGACACAAACAAAUCAUUUGUUACAACUCAGCAGAACUUCCAGCAAACAGCCACAAACUCUGACAUAACUCGUCCAGCUUUCAAUUUCUCCAGUGGUGCACAGCCUUCAGUGCUCCCAAUCUCACAGAUGUUUGGUACCCCAACCAUUCCUGCAGCAGCAGAAGUCCCAGUUGUUACAACUCAGCAGAACUUCCAGCAAACAGCCACAAACUCUGACAUAACUCAUCAAGCAUGCAAUCUCUCCAGUGGUGUAGAGCCUUCGCUGAUGCCAAUGUCACAGAUAUUUGGCAGCCCAACGAUUCCUACAGUUAAAGAUGUCACAGUGACGAACACAAACAAAUCAAUGUUUGAAACUCCCCCCCAUCUCAGUACAACUCAUCAAAACACCAACAACGUUCGUAGAGCGCUCGAUUUCUCCACCGGUGCACAGCAGCUUGGAGUGCAGUUGGACUGGGAACUUCCAACAACCACAGCUCAGGAAACUGCCUUCCAAUUAAAGGAGAGAGAAAGGGAGAGGGAGAAGGAGAUGGAGAAAGAGAGGGAGGCUCAAAAACUACAAAAGAUGAGGCAAGACAUGAUAAGGGCUGAUUUACAGCAGAACAUUCAGACAAGAGAACAGAAGAUUUCUGAAGUCAAAUCAUCUGUAAAAGCCUGCAAGGGCGGCUUGGAUGCCGAAUGGCUGGAGAUCAACAGCGUUUUCUCAGAGGUGAUGAAAGUCGUGGAGGACUCUCGGAAGAAAGCCCUUCAACCUCUGGAGGAGAGGAGAAAGAGAGUGAAUAGAGAAGGACUACAUCUGGUCAAGAAGCUGCAGAAUGAAAUUGACAAAAUCAGGAAGACCAUUGAUGAGUUGGACAAAAAUGCCGACUUGCAGGGUCUUCCUAAAACAUUCCUGGAUGAAUCUCGAGAUUGGAAAAAUGUCACUGUUGACACUUCAUUCUCCUUUGGGUCACUGAGAACUACAAUAUCAAGCAUGAUGGAACAAAUUCACCAGGAACUGGAAAAACUCUCUUCUGUUGAACUCAAGAGGAUUCCCACCUUUGCAGUGGAUGUAAGGCUGGACCCAGCCACAGCCCACCAGUGCCUUGUGCUUUCCCCCGAUGGAAAGACAGUUAGAGAUGGAGGAAAUGACCAAAAAGUACCCGAUGCUCCGCAGAGGUUCGACAUGUUCGGCAGCAUCCUGGGGCUCAACAGGUUGACUUCUGGGAAGUCAUACUGGGAGGUGGAGGUCACUAACAAGUCGGGGUGGGACCUGGGUGUGGCACGACGCAAUGCAAAUCGCAAGGGGAAACUCUCGGUGAACUCGGAGAACGGUUACUGGGUAGUCGUGCAUUACGAAGACAAAAAGUACGCAGCCCUGACAGUACCACCAGCCAGCCUCCCCCUGAAAGAGAAACCUGAAAAGGUCGGAGUGUUUGUGGAUUACGAGGAACGUCUCGUGUCCUUCUACGAUGUGAUGGCUCAAUCUCACAUCUACACGUUUACCGAGUGCAUGUUCAGCGAUGUGAUUCUUCCAUAUUUCAGUCCACAUCCUAAACAAAAUGAAAAAAACUCCCAUCCUCUGAUUAUCUCUCCUGUGAAGAAGCAGUUGUAGUUAUAUGAAGUGAAUAGUUACCGGUGCACUAAAAGUUAAAAUGCACCACUCAAUGUAAAUAUCAGUUCAGGUGUACAUGAUAUUUCAUGACACUACCAAAGGGUUUGAAUCUAGGGUUUUGGCCUGGCCAUCUGAGAUUGUCUCGAUUAGUUAUAUGUGUUAAAUAGUUUGAAUUUAAACUUUGAAAACGAUUAGUGUGUGUACCUACAUUAUCAUUAAUGAUAUUUUAAUAAUUUCUUAAACCUUGAAAAAUCAGUAACAAUUUGUUCACUUCGGUGACUUAAAGGUCACCUAUUAUGCAAAAUCCACUUUUUCAUCUCUUUUGUACAUCAACAUGUGUCCCCUCUGUGGAAAGAGACUCUUGAAGUUUCAGGAAAAAAGAUUCUCUCUCUUUUUGUCCUGAUCCAUUUAUAUAAAAACCUGUCUGAAAAUGAGCUGAUCAGAUUUUGGCCACUUUAUGAUGUCAUAACGAUUUUUUGGCUUGUGUAACUAUUAGCCAAUAACCAACCAAGGCAACCUCCACCGCUCCCGCCCACCUUAUCACCUGAAUCUCCUCCUAGAGCACCAUUGUGUGUGGGGAGUGGCUCCUUAUUUUAAUCUAAAGUAACAGACAGAGAAUCAGCUCUUUUGAAGGUACAUUUUUGAAGUUACACUUUUUAUAUCUCGUUCGUUUCUAACUAUACAUUUUAACUGAAUGGAGAAUUUCUGUUAUCAGACAUGUGUAUCUUAAGCUAACAGACACACUAGCUAAGCUAACAUUAGCAGGAGCAGAAUAGCAUCCGAAAAAAACAAUUUUUUAACUUCAAACUACUCAAACUCAAACUUUAAUCUGUGUUUCCAUCGGUCAUUAUAACAAGGACUGUUUAUUGUUUAGAGUAGGAGACCCUAUACAGACCAGUUCACUCGCUUUUAAAUCCUCCUGAACAGGAUCCUAGAAUUAUCAGACAAACAGAAUAAGCUAAUGUUAGCGGUUAGCUUGCAACCACACAGAUGGAUUUCAUGUUUUGUAUGCAAAAUCCACAUUUUAGCUGUCAACUGCUUCGACUAAAAAGCAUAACAUUCAUCAAAAGGUUAAAUGAAGUACUAUGCAAUAGAAAAUGUACUUGUUUACAUUCUACCACUUAUCUUUACUUGAUAUAACCCCUAACUCUUGCACACUGUAUUUUCUUUAUUUUUUAAAUUGCAUUUUACAGAUCCUUUUUUGUAGUUCCAGAUUAUCUGUUACACCACCAUGCAUGACUCUCUCUACAUAUAACUAUUGACGGUUAUAACUAAAUGUUUUAUGUUAUUAAGCGAGAAGACAUUAUUACAAGUUAUAUUUGGGAAACUUUUAUAUAUCUCUUCAGGGGUCUUGUAAAAACCAAAGCAAUAAAACAUGAUUUACGUUGUA